AUGGAGAGGUUUCGAGCAAGAGUGGGACACCUCUCUGCCACUGGAAGGAGAGCCCGUGUCUACUGUGAAGACUUUCUGUUCCCAAAGGUGCUCAGGACAGCAGCAGAUCUGUGGCUGGUUUACUCCAAACCUGUCCCAGCAAACAGCAGGGAGCUGUGGACCUUGUUCCUGCAGUGUUCCUGUGUGACAGCAGUGAUAGGAAGCCUCUUCUACAACUGGAUGUUUGCUUCCCUGGAGUACUCCUGGCAUUUCUCUGUUGGAAUGGCCACCUCCUUCUGUCUGCUCCUCCUCCUGACCCUUUUCUUGGUACAUCCUGCCCGUUGUGUCUUCACUCUGAUCAUGCCAAUGCUGGGUACCAAACAAGGCCGGAAGCUUCUCUUGUCGACUUGCAUCAUGAUAGCAGUGGUUAACUUGACACCCAGCAUCAUAAGCAACAUUAAAACCAUCCUGCAGGUGAUUAAGUGCAUCUGCAAGAAUUCCUCUGAGAGUCUUUUGAACUCCACUGCUCUGUUAAAUACAGGUUCCCGGGAGUUUGGGGAUGUCAUUCAGGAAAAUGUUCAUUCCAUUGUUAUUUAUAAGCCUAUGAAUGGACCUUUCCGGUUUUCAAUGCUUAACAACAGCUCCUUGAUAUACCAACAAAUGCACCUUGCUGGUGAGAAAAUAAGGAAGGAUUUUAUGGAUAUUGAGGCACUGGUCAAAGACUCUGUAAGUGUAGGCAACAAGCUGGUUGCUGGCUUCUCCAUGCUCUAUCUCUGCUUUGAGUCCACCUAUUAUUUGAAAAAUUAUCUCACCAACAUCCGCUUUGACAAUUUUUACAUCACCAAGAAGCUGGAGCGUUUAGCUGUGGACAGAAAAGCAGCUCAUCUGCUGGUGGGCUCAUCCAAAAACCUCAUUCGACCGACAGGCUUGAAGUUAUCCCGGGAAGAAAUGCUGCUGUGCCUCGUGCAAGCCAUGCUCCUCACUGUGGCCCUGCUGCUGCUGCUGCUGCUGGUGGCAAUGGAGCACUUUGUGUUCAGCCUGGCUGACACUGCAGUGAGGAAGGCAGCUCAGUUCUCUGUGGUGCUCGUCACCCUGGGCAUCAAAUACAGUGCUAAAAUAAAGAUCAUGCCCGUUUUGGAAAUUUUCCAGCUUUCUUUUGAUGUACCACUUCAGGACUUUGAAAGAAGGUACCACCAUCACCUGAACUUCAGCUCUGCCCACUGUGGGAUCAGCCCCCCAACACCUCCCAACCCUUCUGUGCUGCUCAUCUUGGGGCUGCUCUUCUGCAUCCUUUACACCACUGUGCUCCUGCAGACCUAUGCCCACCGCCUCUCCAGGAACAUUGCAGGCUCCUUCUUUGAGAGCUGGGAGGAGAAGCGAGCACUUUACCUCUACAAGAAGCUGUCCAGGAAGCACAAGGAGGAGCAAGACUGUGUGAGAAACUAA